GAUUGAAACUGCCGCUUCCGGAUGCGAAUAACGUUUGUCUGGCGUCCUUGCUCCGCCAGUUGGCCAAUCAGGACAGCUGGCGGAGGCCCCGCCCCACCACUACCCAAUUAGGACAACCAUCGGAGACCCCGCCCAGAGGAGGCGGAGCCCCGAGCUGCUGGGGACCUGGGCUUCCGGGUGCAGAGCGUCCGAGUUCUCUUACCCAAAGUAGCCACUGAUCUUGGGACCAGAGGAAUGUUCCUAUGCCCGGCUAGACCAGGUGGAACCUAGCCUGAGCACUUCCUGUGGGGAUCCUGCAGCCCGAGGCCAGUGAUGUUGAAUGAAAAGCCGUGACCCACGCCCAAGAUGGCAGAGACUGAAGACCCCGUUCAGCUUAGGCUGCUCAGUCUGGAGCUGCUGAAACAGCUGUGGGCUGGGCACGAUGCCAUGUGUCGAUCAGUGGCCCGAGCAGUGUCAGAGCCAAACCUGGACUAUAGCAGCAGCAGCAACUUAGAGAUGCCACUGUCCCAAGAGAGUUCUUGCACCUCCUCAGUGUCCCCAAGCUCACAGGACAAAAGACACGUGUGGGACGCAUUGGACAGUUCUCGAGGAGACACAUCUGAUAUAUCUUGGUAUGACAAGGACAACCACAGGGCGAACUUACCUGCCACAUGCCAACACCGAGAGCCCCAGGAUGGAGUGUGGCCUCCCUCAGUACCCUUGCUCGACACUGAAGGUCUGAAGGGACCACCAAGAGGUCUGGGACCUCACAAGACACAUGUCCCAAAGUCUAUCCUGUCACGACCAAGCAAGUCAUCUAAGCCCAAAGUGACCUUCUCCCAGGAGUCUGCAGUGCCUGAGAGCAGCUGGCGCUUCCGGCCAUACCUGGGCUAUGAUUGGAUUGCAGGGUCCCUGGACAGUAACUCUCCAGUCACCAGUAAACCCGAGGCCUUCUUCUCCGAGCUUCAGAAGUUUCGAGAAGACAACAAAGAAGAUUGCAUUUGCAACUCCCCUGAAGCUGUGUUCCCAGGCCUGCAGGAGAGCAGUGGUGUGGAAGAGAGCCACCAGUGUGUAUACUGUUACCGUGUCAACCAGCGCUUGUUUCCUGUGCCCGCCGAUCCGGGUACCCCUUGCCGCCUGUGUGGGAUACCCCGAGACCAACAGGGCCCUGAGACUCUGGCCGAGCCCGCGCAAGUCAGGGUGAGCAUCCCACUGUCCAUCCUGGACCCCCCACACCGGUAUCGGAUUCAUAGACGGAAAAGCUUUGACGCGUCUGACACUCUGGCUCUGCCUCGGCACUGUCUACUGGGCUGGGACAUCCUCCCUCCAAAGUCUGAGAAAAGCUGUGUCCCCAAGAGUCUUGACCUCUGGUCCUCUGUGUCCUGUGGAGCCCAGCACCGACAUCUGUCAGCCACCAGCCCAUCCGGCCUGGCCUUGCCAGCACAGGUCCCACCGCCGACCUGGUCAGAGCCUCAGGUUCCUCAGCUCCGUCCGUCCCACUAGAAGCCCUGCUGACUGACCACUCAGAAGGGAACGGUACUCUACAGUGCUGAGGAGGCAGUGCCCGAGAGAUGGAGGCCCUCCCCAUGAGGCUGAAACCUGACCAGACGGAAGUGACUGCGGUCUCCUGGCUUGGGCAGAUGGGAGGGUCCAGGCCUGGCCUGGCCCAUUUACCUCCUGGGGGUGGAACUCCAGGGUGGAGGGGGAAGAGAUACUGAGAGGAAUAUGUGAAUAAAACUCAGGGCCCUGUA